CGGGCCCGGGGCCGCGCAGAGGAGCGCAGCGUCCAGUGAAGCCGCCGAGGAGCCCGCCGCGCCGCCGCCAUGGUGAUGUCCCAGGGCACCUACACGUUCCUCACGUGCUUCGCCGGCUUCUGGCUCAUCUGGGGGCUCAUCGUCCUGCUUUGCUGCUUCUGCAGCUUCCUGCGCCGCCGCCUCAAACGGCGCCAGGAGGAGCGCCUGCGCGAGCAGAACCUGCGCGCCCUGGAGCUGGAGCCCCUGGAGCUCGAGGGCAGCCUUGCCGGGAGCCCCCCCGGCCUGGCGGAGGCGGUGCUGAUGGCCGAGCCGCCGCCGCCCUACAGCGAGGUGCUCACGGACACGCGCGGCCUCUACCGCAAGAUCGUCACGCCCUUCCUGAGCCGCCGCGACAGCGCGGAGAAGCAGGAGCAGCCGCCGCCCAGCUACAAGCCGCUCUUCCUGGACCGGGGCUACACCUCGGCGCUGCACCUGCCCAGCGCCCCCCGGCCCGCGCCGCCCUGCCCCGCCCUCUGCCUGCAGGCGGACCGCGGCCGCCGGGUCUUCCCCAGCUGGACCGACUCGGAGCUCAGCACCCGCGAGCCCCUGGAGCACGGAGCCUGGCGCCUGCCGGUCUCCAUCCCCUUGUUCGGGAGGACUACAGCCGUGUAGAGGGGCGCCCGGCGCCCCGGGCCCCACCGCGGACUGCCGGCCUGACUGCGGGGCUUUUUAAACGCUUCCCUUGGACUGCGGGAGGGGCGGGGGGAGGGCGGAUUUCUUACCCCGUUUGUUACAUUUCGAGGAUAAUAAAGGUGUGUGAUCUGGUUUGGUACAGCGGAGGGGGCACCCGCUGCUUGCUCCGAGGUCCUGGGGACCAGAG